AUGGCUCCAGGUAAGAAAGUUGCUCCAGCUCCAUUCGGUGCUAAGUCUAACAAGGCUUCUAAGGCUAAGAACCCACUAACCAACUCUACUCCAAAGAACUUUGGUAUUGGUCAAGCUGUUCAACCAAAGAGAAACUUGUCCAGAUACGUCAAAUGGCCAGAAUAUGUCAGAUUACAAAGACAAAAGAAGAUUCUAUCUAUGAGAUUAAAGGUUCCUCCAACCAUUGCUCAAUUCCAACACACUCUGGACAGAAACACUGCUUCUGAAACUUUCAAGCUAUUCAACAAGUACAGACCAGAAACCUCUGCUGAAAAGAAGGAAAGAUUAACCAAGGAAGCUGCUGCUAUUGCUGAAGGUAAGACCAGACAAGAAGCUUCUCCAAAGCCAUUUGUCGUCAAGUACGGUCUAAACCACGUUGUCUCCUUGAUUGAAAACAAGAAGACUCAACUAGUUUUGAUUGCCAACGAUGUUGACCCAAUUGAAUUAGUCAUUUUCCUACCAGCUCUAUGUAAGAAGAUGGGUGUUCCAUACGCUAUUGUCAAGGGUAAGGCCAGACUAGGUACUCUAGUUAACCAAAAGACCUCUGCUGUCGCUGCUUUGACUGAAGUCAAGCCAGAAGAUGAAGCUGCUCUAGCUAAGCUUGUCUCUACCAUCAACGCUAACUUCGCCGACAAGUACGACGAAAACAAGAAGCACUGGGGUGGUGGUAUCAUGGGUGCUAAGGCUCAAGACAAGACUGCCAAGAAGGCUAAGGCUGCUGCUUCUGCUUAA